AUGCCUUCCGCAGUCGCGGGCUAUGCGCCCAACCUCGACAAAUAUCUCAAGUCCUUGAAAGGCCAGCCAUUGGAGCUGUCGAUAGAGAACCUUGUUUCCCUCCUCAAACGAAGACAGAUCAAAGGCGCCGAGCCAUGCGCCGUCGCAACCGCCCACAUCAUCCUCCAAGUCGUCGCCAGGUCAAAGUGGCAGAACGUCGACGGCCUCCUCGACAACGUCUCCCGGGUGGGCCGCAAGCUGGUCACCGCCGCGCCCACCGAGCUGGUCAUUGGCAAUAUUGUGCGCCGUGUGCUGGGCCUGAUCCGCGAUGAGGCCGCUGAGGAUAGGAACGAGCCCCAGAGCGAGGACCCCAGCGACGGACAUGCGACGCCCACCGACGCCGUACCCAAUUCCACAGUCGCCAAGCAAGACUCUGCUGGCGGCUACCUGAACAACAGCCCUGGCCCCCAGUCACGCCCAGGCCUGAUCGUAUCCCAGAGUUCUGUCAAUAUCCCUAAGUCGCUCUUUCACCUCCUCUCAGCCUCCCCCCCCGCAGACUCAGACCAUACCCCCGGGUCGCCCUUUGCUGGCUCCGGGACAUCGACUCCCCAGCAUCACAAAAACUCCAGCAGCCAGGUACACGCCUUGAGAUCAGAGGUCAUCGAUGGCAUUGAGGAGAUCAAGGACGAGAUCAGUCAGGUGGAUGAUCAGAUCGCGGCCCUCGCCGAUGUGCAGAUACACUCGGGCGACUAUCUCCUGGUACACCGUCCCUCACCCACAGUAGAGCGGUUCAUCCUCCGAGCUGCGGUGAAGCGCAAGUUCACAGUCCUCAUCGUCACAGAGCCACCCCGGAAACACCUGGCGGAGGUCCAGCACGCCUCAUUUAGAAAGAAGCUCUCUGCCGCGAAAAUCACCGUGGUCAAUAUCCUCAAUGGCGGUCUGAUGGCGUACAUGGCAAGAGUGGACAAGGUCAUCCUGGGGGCCAAGGCCAUCGUGGCCAACGGAGGAGUCAUCAGCGAUGCUGGUGCCGCGGCAAUCGCCCGUGCAGCAAAGGAGUCGGGGAAUGCCGUCAUCGUACUCGGGGGCAUCUACAAGCUCAGCCCAGAGACUCCCUUUGGUGAGGACGAGGUCAUUGAAUGGGCCGACCCAUCAAGCUAUGUGGACUUCGCGGACGGGCAGCUGGUAGGAUCUGUCGAUGUUCGCACUGCAGCCACCGAGAUGGUGCCUGCAGACCUGAUUGACACAUACGUUACAAACUUAGGGACACAUACGCGCGAUCAUCUGUCAACUCUGAUUGCUGAUCACUACAAGCCUGAGGAUAUCGACUUCCACCUAUGGGAUGAUGCGAGAAGAUGA